UGACCCGGCAGGGUGGGGCGCGGCGGGGCGUUGCCGCUUGAGUCCCCUAUUCCAGUCCGCCAGGCUCCGCCAGCUACUGGGCGGAGAGGCGGAGGAUGGAAUUGGGUUUAUCGGCCAUUUCCCUUCUCGCCACCAGCCCCGUGGCCGCAACAACGAUGGAGCAGGAACCGGCGGAAGGAGCGGACUCUGUGUUGGUGUCAGGCGCUGCGGCGGCCGCGGCGUUUGGGGACUCGGCGCCGCAGAUAAGUAAUGAAAGAGGCUUUGAAAAUGUAGAACUGGGAGUCAUAGGAAAAAAGAAGAAAGUCCCAAGGAGAGUCAUCCACUUUGUUAGUGGUGAAACAAUGGAAGAAUAUAGCACAGAUGAAGAUGAAGUGGAGAGUCUAGAAAAGAAAGAUGUUUUACCUACUCUUGAUCCGACAAAACUUACCUGGGGGCCCUACUUGUGGUUUUAUGUGCUUCGGGCUGCCACCUCAACCCUCUCAGUGUGUGACUUUCUUGGAGAGAAGAUUGCAUCUGUUUUGGGGAUCAGCACCCCAAAAUACCAAUAUGCCAUUGAUGAGUAUUACCGGAUGAAGAAGGAGGAGGAAGAAGAAGAAGAAGAAAACAGGAUGUCUGAAGAAGCAGAAAGGCAAUUCCAGCAGAGUAAGCUGCAGGCUAAUUCCACUGUUCAGAUGGAUCAACCAGAAACAGUGGUAUCCAGUUCCUUUGUAAAUCUUAAUUUUGAAAUGGAGGAAGACUGUGGAGUAAUGGCAGAAGGCAAACAAAACCCAGGCUCUGUUCCACCAUAGAAGGAAAUGACUAUCAAA